AUGCCACCACAGGUGGCGGAAGAUAUGUUUCCCAUUUACUGGCGACUUAACUUCACUUAUGUCUGUGACCCUUCUAGGUAUGCGGCCCUUGGAUUGGACAUGGCAAAGGACAUGGCAAAUUUUGCCUUCUGCGACAAGUCCCUUCCUUAUGAUGCUAGGGCUAGAGACUUGGUAAACCAUAUGACAUUGCAAGAAAAGGUUCAACAGCUUGGACAUGAGGCUUAUGGUGUGCCUAGGUUAGGAUUACCCAAAUAUAAUUGGUGGUCUGAAGCCUUGCAUGGUGUGUCCAAGACGGGCCCAGGAACUUUCUUUGACGAAGUUGUUCCUGGUGCAACUAGCUUCCCUACUGUAAUACUCACAACAGCUGCUUUUAACGAGUCUUUAUGGAAAACUAUUGGUCAGCAAAGAGCAAUGUUACAAUUUAGAUAUGCUGAAACACCUGGAGAAGAUCCUUUCAUUGUAGGUAGAUAUGCUUCUAAUUUUGUAAGAGGCUUACAGGACGUUGAGGGGACUGAAAAUCACCCGGAUCCAGACUCCAGACCUCUUAAAGUUUCCUCAUGUUGCAAGCACUUUACUGCCUAUGAUCUUGAAAAUUGGAAGAACAUUGAACGCUAUAUCUUUGAUGCUAGAGUGAAUGAACAAGAUAUGGUAGAAACCUUUAAUCGACCUUUCGAGAUGUGUAUUAGAGAAGGUGAUGUGAGCAGUAUUAUGUGCUCUUUCAAUCGUGUUAAUGGCAUACCUGCUUGUGCUGAUCCGAAACUCCUAAAUCAAACUAUCAGAGGAGACUGGAAUCUUCAUGGAUAUAUAGUCUCAGAUUGUGAUUCCAUCCAAGUUAUGGUUGAACGCCAUAAAUUUCUUGGUGACACUAAGGAGGAUGCAGUUGCAAGAACACUGAAAGCAGGCUUGGAUCUGGAUUGUGGAAAAUACUACACCGAAAACACUGAAGCUUCAGUAAAGCAAGGAAAGGUCGGGGAAGAAGACAUAGACAGGUCACUAAAAUAUCUCUAUGUGGUGCUUUUGAGAGUAGGGUUCUUUGAUGGAAUCCCUCAAUUUCAAUCUCUUGGCAUCAAAGACGUGUGUUCCGAACAACACAUUGAAUUAGCAGCACAAGCAGCGAGGGAAGGAAUUGUCCUCCUCAAAAAUAACGAUGAUACUUUGCCCUUGAAGUCUGAUACGAUCAAAACCUUAGCUGUGGUUGGUCCUCAUGCUAACGCUACCAAGGUUAUGAUUGGAAAUUAUGCAGGAAUUCCAUGCCGAUAUAUCUCUCCUAUCCAUGGGUUUUCGACAUAUGCAAAAGUGAGUUAUGCAAUUGGAUGCGACGUUGCUUGUAGGGAUGACAUAUUGGUAUUCCCAGCAAUGAAAGUUGCGCAGGAAGCUGAUGCUACUAUAAGUAGCGGGCAUUGACUUGUCUGUUGAAGCCGAACCAGAGAUCGGGAGGAUCUCCUCCUUCCUGGUUACCUAACUGAACUUAUCAACAAUGUUGCGAAUGCUGCCAAAGGUCCAGUUAUUCUCGUAAUCAUGUGAGCAGGAGGGAUAGAUAUCACUUUCGCUAAAAACAAUGACAAUAUCAAAGCCAUUUUGUGGGCUGAAUACCCUGGAGAAGAAGGUGGUCGGGCCAUUGCAGAUGUCGUUUUUGGAAAAUACAA